AUGGCCAAGGAUAAGAAAAAAGCAUCCGGUGGCAAGGCCGCUGCCAAAGCUGCCAAAGCCGCCAAGCAAGAGAAGAAGGCAGGCAAAAAAGAUAAAAAGCUUGCAUCCAAGACACAGGAACUCGAUUCUGAUGCCGAAGAUGUUGAUCUUGACGCGAUCCUCGCACAAUAUGCAAAAGAGCAGGAGCAACACCAUGCCAUCACCGAAAUCGCUGCUGAACCGCCGUCCGCUCGAACGUCAUGCACUCUCCUUGCUAACCCGGCAAACGAGAACGAGGUUUUCUUAUUCGGAGGCGAGUACUUCAAUGGAGCCACAGCAAAGUUCUUCAACGACCUCAUGAUCUACAAUAUCAAGCAAGAUGGCUGGAAGCAAGUGACCAGCCCUAACUCGCCACUUCCUCGAUCCGGACAUGCUUGGUGUCGUGCAGCCAACACAAAAGACAUUUAUCUUUUUGGUGGCGAAUUCAGCUCUCCAAAGCAGGGAACUUUCUAUCACUACAAUGACUUCUGGAAAUUGGAUCCAACAAACCGGGAAUGGACGCGCAUGGAAGGCAAGAGUAAGACUGCGGCGCCACCAGCACGAAGCGGUCAUCGCAUGGUUAGCUUCAAGCAGUACAUUAUCCUUUGGGGAGGGUUUCAAGACACAUCUGCGACAACAAAAUACCUAAACGACCUCUGGAUCUAUGAUUGUGUCAACUUCUCGUGGCACACACCAAAGCUCCAGGCUGCUCGCGCGAUACCGGAUGCUCGAUCAAGUUUCACAUUCCUGCCACACGAUCAAGGCGCCGUUAUAUACGGUGGUUACUCUCGUGUUAAGACGCAAGCUGGUGGGAAACAGCAGCAGCAAGGCAAAGGCAAGAAGAGCGGCGGCGGAGGCCCAGCUUCGCGCAUGGUAUUGAAGCCAAAAGUGCACGAUGAUACUUGGUUUCUGCGCAUCACGCCGCCACCGGCCGAUCAACCUUCGACAACUCUGCCGACUGUUUCAUGGGAAAAGCGGAAGAAGCCAGCUAAUGCACCGAACCCGCCACGCGCAGGUGCCACGAUGGCAUACCACAAGGGUCGUGGCGUCAUGUUCGGCGGAGUGCACGAUGUCGAGGAGAGCGAAGAAGGCAUCGACUCGGAAUUCUUCAAUCAGCUCUUCAUCUGGAACGUAGAGCGAAACCGCUUCAUGCCACUUACUCUGCGUCGGCCAAAGCAAAACGCGAACAAAAAAGCUGCCCAACAAGCCAACGUUAGCCGACGAGAUCGCGGCAAAGCAGCAGAGGAGGAACUCCUAGCCAACCUCAAGGCGCUCGAAAUGAAAGCCGGAGUCGCCCAAGACCCAGACUCUGAGGACGAAGCCGCCAAAGCUGCAGAGGAAGACGAGGAAGAAGAUACACGCCCGGAGAAGCCCAAACUCUUUGAAUUUCCCCACCCGCGCUUCAACGCCGCCCUCACCGUUCAAGCAGACACGUUGUACAUCUACGGCGGCACCUACGAAAAAGGCGACCGCGAAUUCACAUUUGACGAGCUCUGGUCCGUAAACCUCAACCACCUCGACGGCGUAACCGAAAUCUUCAAGCGCGACCUCGAAGACUGGCAAGGGAGCGAAGACGAAGCCGACUCGGACGAGGAAGACGACUCCGAGGAAGACGAAGACGAAGACGAAGAUGCCGAAGAUUAUGAUGCCAAAUCCGCGUCUACAGCUCCCACAAGUAUCGCAGACUCUGUUGCCCCACCUGCAACGGAAGAUCUGGGUCCCCAAGAAGAAAUCUCCGCACUCACAGAUACUUUACCGCAUCCGCGUCCCUUUGAGUCCCUACGUGACUUUUAUGCCCGCACAUCGGAGCAGUGGCAAAAUAUCAUUCUCGAGGAGUUGGAGCGCAAGGGCACGAGCGUAGAGAAGAGUCCCAAGGAAGUUAAGAAACUGGCAUUUGAACGUGCCGAAGAAAAAUGGUGGGACUGCAGAGAAGAGAUUCGCGCGUUGGAGGAUGAGCAGGAGGCGGCGGGCAUAGGGGAGGUGGUCAGUUUGGCGGAUAAGGAGGGGGCAAGCGGUGCUGGGGGUGUGGGAAGAAGGAGAUAG